CUCAACACCAAGGUCACCAACUAUAUCCUAAGUGGGUCAAUUUUCAAAGUUACUUUGAACCAGCUAGCCAUACUAGUUACGGAGUACAAUAGUUUUCUUAACAACAAAAAAAGGGGGUGCAAUACGACAAUUUUUCCAUAGGUUCACUAGUUAGUUAUUCUUGCCACCUUGGUUUCCCUUGUUUUCUACUCCACUUUUGUUCUAUCAACUCACUCUCUACUUCUCUAGUCUCUACCAUGAAGCUCCGCCAUUUCCGCCACCGCCACAACUUCUCCUCUCUCUCCGCCGCCUUCAUCACCCCCCGGAAACCUCCGCCGCCACCACCUCCACCGGUGGCCCAAUCAACCCAACAACAAUUACAAACCUCAAUCUUAAACUCUCAGUGGCAUUUCAUCGAACACCUUGCGCCCACUCUCACCCCCGCCGAAAUCUCCACUACCCUCUUCAAUCUCCGAUCAAAACCCACCCUCGUUUCCAAAUUUCUGGAAAAAAUCAAUCAUACCCACCCCGAUAUCGACUCCAAUUCCCUUGCUUUUGUCAUAAUCUCUCUCCUUCCGUCGCCAAACCCUGCUGUGCAGCUAGCAAAAUGCAUAAUCAGUAGCAGGUUAGUAAGUAGCUCUGAUUUUUUUACUAAAUUGGGGGAAUCCCGUGAAAAAUUGAAUGUUGAUUCUAGCAUUUGUUAUGAUUAUUGGAUUAGGGGUUUGUGUCAAUUGAAAAAAGCUGAAGAGGGUUUAAAGUGUUUUAAGAUGAUGAAUAAAUUGGGGUUUUUGCCUAAGGUUGAAACUUGUAAUGAUAUGUUGAGCUUGUUUCUUAGAUUAAAUUUUACUCAAAUGGCUUGGGUUUUGUAUGCUGAAAUGUUUAAUUUAAGGAUUAGUUCUAAUACUCAUACUUUUAAUAUUAUGAUUAAUGUGCUUUGUAAAGAAGGGAAAUUCAAAAAAGCAAUGGAAUUUGUGGGGUUUAUGGAAAUUGCAGGUUUUAAGCCUAAUGUUGUGACAUAUAAUACCAUUGUAAAUGGGUAUUGUUCAAAAGGUAGGAUCGAAAGUGCUAGGAAGAUUUUUGGUGAGAUGAAGGUUAGGGGGAUUUAUCCGGAUUCGUACACGUAUGGUUCGAUUAUAAAUGGGUUGUGUAAGGAUGGGAGGCUUGAUGAAGGUGUGGAAUUUUUUGAUAAAAUGGUGGAAAAUGGGUUGGUGCCUACUGCUGUGAAUUACAAUGCUUUGAUUGAUGGGUUUUGCAAUAAAGGGGAUUUGGAGAAGGCGUUCUGUUAUAGGGAUGAGAUGAUUAAGAAGGGUGUGGCACCAACUUUGUCGACGUAUAAUGUGCUUAUACAUUCGUUGUUUAUGGAGGGUAAGGAUGGUACUGCUGAUAGCUUGAUAAAGGAGAUGGAAGGGAACGGUAUGAAGAAGGAUGAUAUUACUUAUAACAUUCUGAUUAAUGGGUACUGUCAAAGUGGAAAUGUAAAGAAGGCUUUUGAACUUCUUGAUGAGAUGUUAGUUGAAGGGAUUCAACCUACGAGGGUUACUUACACAUCUCUUAUUUAUGUCCUGAGCAAAUCGAAGAGAAUGAAGGAGGCGGCUGAUCUGUUUGAGAAGGUAACACGCAAUGGUGUGACUCCGGACCUUGUGAUGUUCAAUGCUUUGAUAAAUGGUCAUUGUGUCAAUGGGAACAUGGAGCAGGCUUUAUUAGUCUUGAGGGAGAUGGAGAGAAGGAAAGUUCGUCCUGAUGAAGUCACAUACAAUACGCUAAUGCAGGGCCUUUGUCGGGAUGGUAAGGUUGAAGAAGCUCGAAAACUUCUUGAUGAGAUGAAAGAGAGGGGGAUUUCUCCGGAUUAUAUUAGCUAUAACACACUUAUUAGUGGGUACAGCAAGAGAGGUGAUAUGAAGGAUGCCUUCAAGGUUCGAGAUGAAAUGUUUGAUAUAGGAUUUAAUCCCACUCUUCUUACUUACAAUGCCUUAAUUCAAGGGUUGUGCAAGAAAAAAGAAGGUGUUCUUGCUCAAGAACUCCUGAAAGAAAUGGUUGAUAGAGGCAUUACUCCUGAUGACAACACCUAUAUCUCUUUGGUCGAGGGAAUUGAGGAUAUUGAAAACUUUAUUGAAAAAGGCACGCCAUAACAAGUUACCAACGGGUUUCUUGGGAGUCUGUUUCUGGUCCACAAAUCCUAUGUUUUGAUGAAGGUCUGCAAUUGGUAUCACUGAAUAUGAUGUUUCUUAUUUGGCAUCUAAAGGUUUGAGGAGAAACCGUUUAUUCUUCUUCUAAGGGGGGGCAGGCAUGAUUGCUUUAAAUCUGGGCAACAAAGAAUAUAGCCUUGCCUUGGAGGCUUGGAUCAUUGGAUGGCGGUGGUCUCUCUGCAAUGGAUCAACCUGUGGAAAACAACGACCAAGCAUUGCAAGCGGUCAAGUGGUGUGUACUGGUUAUGUUAAAGCUUUAACUGGCUAUGUAGUCCUGAUACAUUGGUUUGUUAUCACUCAACCUCACCACAAUGGAGCAUACAUUCUAUGGAUGGUAAAUGUUUUCCGUACUAUUUAUAGUUGUGUUGAAAUUAAUUUGUAAACGAAUAUUGACAUGCCAAGAGUUCUUGUCGAAUAAUCUAUUGUGUAAUACUAAGCCCUUUAACAGAACAGAUCUAUGCAUAAAUCAGAAACGUAACAAACAUAUUGAUUACUUA